GUGCAAUUCUAAGAUACCUCCAACAUUCACUACCGUACCGUAGCUAAUAGUCUACUGUAAUAUGAAAAUGCUCAUGAAAAGGUGAUGUGUGCUCAGGAAUACUUAGUUCUGUAGUUCAGUUUCCUGUUCCAAGGGUGGCCAUGAUUCAGCUGGAACAGUGUUGUAAGAAAACAUGUACAGUACGGCUAUGUUAUCCCCAUUUUCUUGUAAUAUUCAUACAUAUUGAGCAUUUCUGUUUGCCCUUGAAUUUUUUAAAAAAGAUUGCGAGGUCUAAAAAUGUAUAUUUUCAGAUAACUAUAAAUUCAGGCCAACAUGCUUUCUUUCGUAUAAAUAUUUUUUUCAAAUUUUUCAUCGCUCAAGGUAAUUAGUGGUGAAAUGGAUGAAUUGUACCUAAAGCUAAUGUGGUCAAAUUUGUUUGGAUUAAGACUAUUUUUUGCAAUCAUACCACAAUAUGGACUGGUAAAUAUUGAAGAGUUUGAUUCACCCAAGUCAAUGGCAGGAAUAUUGGGUUUACCUGGAAAUAAUGAAGGAGAUAAAGAAAUAUUCUAUUCAUCUAUAACAUCUGGAAUACCAUUCAUAAUUCUUCGCGUCGUAAACAGUGUCGGUAUUUUUGGAAAUGUUAUCACAUCAUAUUUAGUUCUAGUUUCGCCAAGAAUUUGGAUGGCAUGUUGCAGCAUCAUUAUUGAUAUUCUUGUGUACAAAAUCGCAGUUGACUGUGGAAGUAAUAAAAAAACUGCACUGACGUCAAUGACAUUGUUUGCAAGCUCUUAUGUAACAUGGAUAUACUGUACUAGAACCGUGCAUGUCGUGUUCGAAAUGAUUAUUUUUGCUGAAUUAAUCCUAAUAGGAAAAAGCUCAAACAACAUCAAGAAAAAACAAUUGGACACCAUCAGUAACAUAUUGUUAAUGGCAACUUUAAUUGUAUUGGGUACAAGCAUUAAUUCAAGCCUCGCAUAUUUCGCUUUCAUUCCAGUGAGUUUUUGGGUGGUAUUUCCAUUUUCAUCGAUAAAAAAGUGUUUACUGAAAAGCUUAAUGUUUUGUGUUGCAUUUUUAAUUGUGUCAGUAUUAUUUGUGGUGAUGUGGAAUACCUAUUCUAACAUCGACAUCAUAGCAGAAUUGUUUCAAAAUUUUGACACCACCGGACUUGUAGCUUUAGGUUUGAGAUUUUGUUUUUAUGAGCCAUCAUUUUCAAAUAUAAAGCCUGAAAGCAACAGCCAUAUUCCUGAUAAUACUUUACAAAUUACUUCACUUUUGUUCACUAUGUAUGGGCCUGUAGUGAUAUAUAUUUUUAAAGAAGUGAGAAAACAGAUUUUAUGUAGACAAACUUUCUCAACUCUAAUGAAGCGCAAGGAUGCAAUACUCUCUUAUACUCUUUUAUUAGUAAUCUUUCUAAGCAUAUUUUUCACAAGUCGUGUAGGGUUUCAGAUGUGCAUAGUUAUUGUUCCAAUCACUGUUUUAGUUUCUCAAUAUGUCGCCUCUGACAAAGUGUUUUUCAUAAUUCACUGUUUAUUCAAUCUAUCUGGUUUUAUGUAUUAUGCUAUAUUCAAGUAUGGUGGUGCUGUGCACAGCAUGGAAUUUUUAGGUUACUUGGCAAAAACUGCAACACAUAUUGAUAACAUGGAGGUUGUUUUGUAUAAAACUCCACUUUUGCCACAUUAUUUAAUGGCGCUACCUUUGAAAUGUGAAACUGAAAUGGAUGUUUUAUGCGAGGAGAAAAAUUAUGCAAAUAUUAAGUUCACUGAAGUGACAGCAGACAACCUGCAAAAAUCAUUGGAUGACCUCAUAAAUCAAUCAGAUGCUAUGGUAAUCCUUGUUAUUCCAGGUUCAAUUUCAUGUCAACUCGUAAAGAAAUUGCGGAUGCUAUAUGAUCUUCAGCUGUAUUAUAAAUACUUCCCUCAUGUAAUCAAUAUUCAUGAAAUCCCAGAUUAUGCCAAUACCCACGAAUGGUGCGACUUCAAUGGAGGCCAACAUGGAAAGUUUUCUGAUUUAGUGGAAGAUAAGUUCACUCUAAAUAUAUUUGGUGUAUCGAAACCUAUGCCUAGAAGACCUGAAAUAAUAGAAAGAGCGAAAAAGUUAACAAUAUUUGUAAAUAACUAUUCCAGUUCAAUUUAAUUGCUAUGCAUCUUUUACGAAUACAGUUGCAAUACAGUGAUAAUGGUCAUAUGACAUUUACAGUUUAUAAUCGUGAGGAAUGAAAAUAAAUUGGCAAUUGACGAGCUCUAAUUCAUUUGAA